AUGGCCGAACAUGUGGGACUUGCUCCAAAAGUCUCACAUGAUUUAAUGAUUAAGGAAGCCGGUGGCCGGGAAAGCUUAGGGUUUAUUAGGCAAGACAUUAAAAAUUACUUGCGAUCUAAGAGGACUAAGUACAUGGAGGUUGGAGACACUAGAGGGGUAUUGGAAUAUUUACAAGGGAUGCAAAACAGAGAUUUAAAUUCUUCGUAUUCCAUUCAAGUGGAUGAAGAUGAUAUGAUUACAAACAUAUUUUGGGUCGAUGGUAGAAUGAGAGCAGACUAUUUUGAUUUUGGGGACGUAGUUUCUUUCGACACUACAUAUAGAAAAUAUAAGGAAAAUCGUCCCUUGGCCUUGUUUGUUGGUGUUAAUCACCACAGGCAAACAAUAGUUUUUGGUGCAACACUUUUAUACGAUGAGACUAUUCCCUCGUUUGAGUGGUUGUUUGACACUUUCGUCAACACCAUGUAUGGAAGAAAGCCAACUACAAUUUUGACAGAUCAAGAUCCAGCUAUGGCAAAUGCGUCGGCUUCGAGGUGGCCUGAGACUCAUCACAGGUUAUGUAUUUGGCAUAUUUAUCAAAAUUCCGCAAUACAUUUGGGUGGUAUUUUUGCUGAGCAUAAAAACUUUGUGCAUGAUUUUGGGAGAUGUGUUUAUGAUUUUGACAAAGAGGAUGAGUUUUUGCAUGAAUGGAAUGCAAGGCUAUUCAAUUUGAAAGAAAAAUGGGCAUUGGUGUAUGGUCGUCAAUUCUUUUGUGCUGAUAUUACGACGACACAGCGUAGUGAGAGUAUUAACAGUGUGAUUAAAAGGUAUUCUAGUUCAAAGAACAACUUGCGGGUGUUUUUUGAAAAGUUUGAAAAUUUGGUUGAAUCUCGUCGAUAUGAACAGUUGCAGGCCGAUUUCAAAGCAAGUACUAGUGCGCCUGUGCUUCCGUUCCCAAUUCAGCUCCUGAAACAUGCCGCGAGUGUGUAUACCCCAGAAGUUUUUAAAAUAUUUCAGAAGGAAUUGGGAAAAGCGUAUGAUUGCGUUGGAUCUAUUACUAGAUCGCAUGAAACCAUUACGGAUUAUCAGGUUAGCUAUCUUGAGAGAUCAAGGUACCAUAUUGUGAAAUAUGAUUCAUCAGAUAAGACAGUUGCUUGUAGUUGCAAGAAAUUUGAUUUUUCUGGAAUAUUAUCUUCUCAUGGACUGAAAAUUCUCACAAAAAAUGAUGUAUUGAAAAUUCCGGAUCAAUAUAUACUAAAGAGGUGGACAAAAGAUGCAAGACUAGGUGAUUUGCAUAGUAGAAUGUAUGUCGGGGACCACAGUAUGGAUGAUCCGAAAAAUGAGUUAAGCUUGCGCUGUAAGGAUUUGAGUGUUUUAUGCAACAAACUGAGUCGAAAAGAGAAUUCUGAUGGAAUAUCUUUAAAGGGCAUUGACAAUGUUGGUAUGAACAAUAAAGACAACAUUCACAUAAAAGGUAUAAAGAAUAGGACGAAGACAUUCACUAAUGAAGCCUGCCUAGUAUCCGAUAGCAUUGCAUUGCAGUCUUAUCAAAUCCCUCGAGAGCAGAUUGCAAUAGUCAACCAAAUAUCAAAUAUACAAUCUCAUUAUCGCAAUGAGUCCGUUUAUUCUAUGAAGUUCACAGAAUUACUUGAGGUUUUAGGACUGAUUGAGCUUGAGCCAGAGAUGAUUGAUCUUGAUUCUCCAGAAUGUUUUCAUCGGAUCAGAAGCUGUUGA